GGGCUGGGGCCCCAGAGCCGGCGUCUCCCGGUUCCCCGCCCGCCAUGGAGCGGCUGACGUUGCCCGCCGGCGGCGCGGCGGCCGUGGACGAGUACGUGGAGUACCGGAGAAUUGUUGGUGAGGAUGAUGGAGGGAAACUUUUUACUCCUGAAGAAUAUGAAGAAUACAAAAGAAAAGUCUUACUUAUGCGUUUACAGAACAGAUUAUUCGUGAGCUGGCGAUCACCAACUGGAAUGGAUUGUAAACUUGUGGGUCCAGAGACACUAUGUUUUUGUACCCAUAGGUAUAAGCAACAUAAAACUGACUUUGAAACGAUUCCUCAGCAGCGCCCCAUCAGUCUGCCUUGUCAAGUGAUGGGCUGCCCAUGCAGGGCUUACCUCUACGUGCCUCUGAAUGGCAUGCAGCCCAUUCGCUGCAGGUGCAAGCACUUUGCUGAUCAGCAUAGUGCUGGGCCUGGCUUUAUGUGCAAUGCCUGUUCUAAGUGUUCAGGAUUCCAUAGUAGCUUCACUUGUGCUUGUGGUCAGCCUGCAUAUGCCCAUGACACAGUAGUGGAAACUAAGCAAGAAAGACUGGCUCAGAGAAAACCGGUGGGACGGGAUGUUCCUUAUGCAGCAAUGGGAGGACUAACUGGCUUUAGCUCGCUGGCAGAAGACUACAUGCGAUUAGAUGACAGUGGAAUUGGUGCACCUUCAGUUGAAUUUUUAGACUCUCCAGUUACAGCCGUGGACCACCCAUUUCUAAAAGCGUUUCAAGCAUCAUCUAGCUCUUCUCCAGAAACACUAACAGAUGUAGGUACAAGCAGUCAAGUUUCUUCCUUAAGGAAACCUGAAGAGGACGAUAUGGCUUUCUUUGAAAGACGAUACCAGGAAAGGAUAAAAAUGGAAAAGGCUGCUAAGCAGAAAGGAAAAGCACCAUUGCCAUCAACUACAAAACCUUCAUGAAGACUACUGGGGAAAUUAAAACCAGCAUCCAA